AUGCCGCAGCUCUUUCCCUCGAACCCAUCCGCGGCAAUGGUGAUUCGACACGUAACGCCGGACAUCGUCACUAUGAGUCUCCCAUUUGCGCGCUUUGGAAUCCUGCGCUUCGGCGGCCGAGGGACGCUGGGUGAGUACAUAGUGCAUUGCACCGACCCUUACAGGAGAAGGACGCGUGAAACCACCUCGAUGUCAAACUCCAGCGUGGCUCACCAUUCUGCAUUUGCUUUUUCCCCUUGCCAUGCUGCGAUCUGCCAAGCUAACCUCGUCCUUGCAUGUGUCUCAGUCAAGCUCUCCACAGGCUCCCUCGCCGUGUUCUCGCCCGUCAGCCUCACCCCCGAAGUGCGCGACAAGGUGGACUCACUGGGCGGGAAUGUCAAGUACAUUGCUGCGCCAGAUCUCCAGCACCAUCUUCACAUCACAGCGUGGAAGAAGGCGUUCCCGCAAGCGGAGAUCUUGGCGCCGGAGGGCUUAUGGGAGAAACGGCAGUCGAAUCCCGAGCUCAAGGACACCACCACCGCGUUCCAGCACGUGUUCAAGCAGCAAGACUGCGGAUCGUCGAAGUCGAUCUCGGAGGAGUUCGAUGCCGAGUUUGAGAACGAGUACGUCUACGGACACGGGUCGCGCGAGCUCGUGUUUCUGCAUAAACCCUCCAAGACCGUUAUCGAAGCCGAUAUGCUCUUUAACCUCCCCGCCAAGGAACAAUACUCCCAGAGCGAAGAAGGGGCCAAGCCGAAUUUUUUGACGCGGCUGGUACUCCCGAUGCUGUCGACGGCGCCGCCCGCGAUGGGCCAGCGGCGGUUCGCAUGGUGGAUUCUCUCACCGCGGAGCCGAGGGGCGUUCACCGAGUCCGUGAGACGGAUCGAGAGCUGGGAGUUUGACCGGCUAAUUCCGUGCCAUGGGGACGUGAUCGAGACGGGUGCUAAGGGAGUGUGGCGCGACGUCAUGGCGUGGUUCCUGGGAGACAAGAAAAGCGCUUAG